UUUUUUUACUUCAGUUGCUGCACCUUCCUCACUCUCUCUUUCCCCUCCUCUUUCUAUUUUAGCCGGAAAGAAAAGAAGAAUACAUUUAACAUGAGUUCAUCAUCAGCUUUACAGCUUUGGAAGGAGUACCGCAUUCCUUUGGUCUGCAUGGCCUUUGCCAUUGCAACUCUUUCCAUUAUUCUCUCCAACAAAGAAAAGGUCAAUUCAAACACCAACAACACUAAUGAAGACAAGGAGAAUAACAGCGACUCUAAAAGGGAUAAGGAUGCUAGUGAGAAUAAAGAACCACCUAACGAGGUUGAGGGGAUCGUUCAGGAUAUGGAACAUGACCCCACUAUCCCAACUCUCUCUCCCGCUGCCGUUUCUAGAGUAAUGGAUCAUGCCACGGCCGAGCAAAAGCCCUACAGACAUCAGGGGCUCAAGAAGGAAGAGUUCCGAAAACUACCCAAAGUGAUUCGUAAGAAACCCAAGAAUAAAAAGCAAGCUGAUCCGGUCACUACUUCUGCCUCUGCUCCAAUCGUUACCUCUUCGACUGUCGACGGUUGUUGUGGAGGCAAGAACAAACCUGCAGGCGAUACCUCAACCGGAUGCUGCGGUGGGAAAUAUAAGAAUGAAAAUAACCACAACAACACUAUGGUAGAUGAUGAUGGCAAUAUCAUCACUGCUUCUGUUCCUACUAGCACUGUCUCCAAUGGCUGUGGUGGUCAUGCUUGUGCCUGUUCAUCGACAAAUGGAUUUGCUCCGACAGCCCCUGCUAAGAUUGAUCCUUUGCUGCUUCCUAUGCUCACAGAACCCAUGAAAGUAUUUUAUUCGACCAUCACUGGGACAGCAAAGCUCUUUGCUCAAGAACUAGCACAAUCUGUUGCCUCACGAGGCCUUCCGGAGCCCAAGUUGAUCGAUAUUGUGGACUAUGAUACCGAGGAUUUCUUGAGUGAAUCUUCAUUGUGCAUCUUUAUUCUAUCGACUUAUAACGUGGAGGGUCCUAACGACUGGUUUUUGAAGUGGCUUGAGGAUACACGAUUCGAUUGGCGUGUGGAGCGAGAAUCACUCAAGAAGCUCAAGUUCUCCGUCUUUGGUUUGGGUGAUUCAGCUUAUGGUGAUGAGUUCUGUAACGGUCCCCGAUCUGCAGAUAAAUGGCUUGGACAGCUAGGUGCUCAACGUGUCUGGCCUUUUGGUGAAGGAGACAAGAAUGGAGAUCAGGGUGGCGCAUUCAAACAGUGGAAUGACGCUCUUCUGGAAUCACUCUUGGAUCCAAAUCAGAGCCAUGUUCACGAAGCUUAUUUCUCAUCAGACGAGGAGGAUGGCGCAUCAGCCUCAGAACAUGAUGAUGACGGAGAGUUUGAUGAAGAUGGCCAAGCUGUGAAGAAAACCAAGGAGGAAAAGCUGGGGUUACCAACAAUUGAUGGAGGCAGUACUUCAGAAGGUGACAUGGUUGAUGUAGAGGAUAUGGGCAACGUGGCUCGCAAGAUCAGGCAAGCCAAGGAAGAUAAGGCUCUGGAUGAGGAAGCUUAUGCGAAUCAGAAAGUUCGUGCAAAGCGUAUGAUUGGUGAGACCAAGGAUGGUAGAGCAAUCAAGCCCCGAGAGGUGCGUGAGAUGGUCAGCCCUCUGCUGUACAAAUCAUUAACCAAGCAAGGGUACAAAAUUAUUGGGACCCACUCUGGUGUCAAGAUCUGCCGCUGGACUAAGGCUGCACUGAGAGGUCGCGGAUUCUGCUAUAAGCACUCGUUCUAUGGUAUUCAGUCUCAUCUCUGCAUGGAAACCACCCCCUCUUUAGCAUGCGCCAACAAAUGUGUCUUCUGCUGGAGACAUCAUACUAAUCCUGUUGGUACAGAGUGGAGAUGGAAGGUCGAUGACCCAGAGUUCAUUUUGGAAGGCGCAUUGGAAAACCACUAUGGAAUGCUAAAGCAGCUCAAGGGCGUUCCUGGUGUCCGCGCUGACCGUUUUGUUGAGGCCACUCAGGUCAAGCACUGCGCCCUGUCUUUAGUUGGCGAGCCUAUUUUCUACCCCCAUAUCAAUGAAUUCGUCAAGUUGCUACACAAGAAGCGCAUUUCAUCGUUCCUGGUGACAAACGCUCAGUUCCCCGAUGCUAUUGCUAGUAUGGACCCAGUAACCCAGUUGUAUGUCAGUGUCGAUGCCUCUACAAAAGAAUCGCUGAAGAAAAUUGACCGGCCUCUAUUCCGUGACUUUUGGGAACGAUUCCUCGACAGUUUGGAUGCUCUGGGCAGGAAGGGUCAGCGUACAGUCUACAGAUUGACGCUGGUCAAGGAUUUCAAUACGGAUGAAAUUGCCAACUAUGUUGAGCUGAUCCGUCGUGGUCAGCCUGAUUUCAUUGAGAUCAAGGGAGUAACUUAUUGUGGUUAUGGAGGUGCAUCUGGUUUGACAAUGGCUAAUGUUCCCUAUCAUACAGAAGUUGUUCGGUUUGUGGAGCUGAUUCAAGAGCAAUUGGGCGCUGGUUAUGAGAUUGCGGCAGAGCACGCUCAUUCUUGUUCUAUAUUGGUCGCCUCGACCAAAUUCAAAAAGGAUGGAAAGUGGUAUACACAUAUCGACUAUGACAAAUUCUUUGAUUUGGUCGAGUCUGGGGAAAAGUUCACCAGUCUGGAUUACAUGGCAGAAACACCAUCAUGGGCAUAUUUUGGUGCACCAGAAGGAGGCUUUGAUCCUGAAGAGACGCGAUAUUUCAGAAAGUCAAAAGAACAACGCAAGGCUGAGAGAGAGCGUCAGCAAGAAGUAGAAAUGCAAGCUUAGUUAGCGUCAUAUAAUUGCCCAUUAAACAAUAUCUUGUAGCUGUA